AUGAGGAAGAGGGGAAAAGUUAAAGAAGCACCUCAGAAAAAUGAACCACCAAACAUCCACAAUACUGAAUCAAUGCAAACAGAUAUUAACUCACUUUCCAGAGAUAUUAACUGCAUUCGUCAAGAUCUCCGGGCGACACUUGAGUUGCUAUGCAACUUAACAAAAGUCCCAAAGGAUACAGUAAUCUUCCCAAUAGAAGAAGAAAUGCCUUUGGCAUCAGCAACCAAUGUUCAAAGUCACAUGGACUCAGGACAAGAGGAAGUGACAUCUGACUUUUUGAAACCACAGAUACAUAAAUUUACAAUUAGCACAAGGGACUUGGAAGACAUCACAAGUGAAACUGGUGUCUCUGAUGUGACACCCGACGACAAUAUAACUGAUACCUGUAUAAGCGAGGACUAUUCUGGAAAAGAGAGUAUAGAAUGCAAAAAUGUUGACCCAUUAAUCGAUUCCAACUCCAAGAUGGAGGAGGGUGAGUAUACUGAGAGUUCUGAUUUUAAAGAAAGUCCCAGUGCCAACAAGAGUCCACAUAUCAGUGUCAUUUUUGAGCCGAAUGUUGUAAAGAGGAAAUGUCCUGCUAACUCCAGUGCAGACAUUUUACAGAAUGCAGGUAAGCUCGACAGCCAAGACAGUUCUGUCUCAGGUCCCUCAGCAUCUAGCUUAAAUUCUCCAUUUGGACUGGCAGACUUUCAAUCAACAGAGGAAGAUAGCCCCAAAACACAUAUUAUUACAGAAACCACUCACGUAUAA